AUGGAUUAAAAUAACCUCCAUACAUUGUUUUUUAUUGAUCAUAUUCUUUAAAAUGAGCAAGCACAAAAGAUAUAACAAAUUGCCAAACAAUACAGUUCAGAGUAUGCUCAUAUUAGAGAUGUCUCUAAAGAACAGGCUGACCUAUUUUUAUCAUAACUCCCAUCUAAAGGAGAUGGUGAAGAAAAAGUCAAGAGGUUAUACUUUGAUGGAUGUUUUGAUUUAAUGCAUUCAGGACAUUUCAAUGCACUUCGUUAAGCUAAAGAGUUAUGUGAGACCUUAGUUGUUGGAGUGAUCAAAUCAGAUGCAAUAGCUAAAGCAAAAGGACCACCAAUUAUGACUGAUGAAGAAAGAUUGGCCUUAGCUAGUGCUUGUAAAUGGGUUGAUGAAGUAGUUAUCUAAGAAACAUAUGAUCCAACUAUAGAAUAGAUAGAUAGACAUUCAUGUUCCCAUGUUGCUCAUGGAGAUGAUUUAGUCUAAACUGCAGAUGGCAAGGAUGCAUAUUAACCAUUUAAGGAUGCAAAAAGAAUGAAGUAAUUUUUAUUCAUUCCAUAUUUUUUAGAAUCUUUAAAAGAACAGAAGGAAUCAGUACAACUGAUAUAGUGGGUAGAAUGCUAUUGAUGACUAAAGAAGUAAUGUGGGAAGAGAAAGUAAUUAUUGAUUUAAAUAUUUUUAGAAAGUAUUUCAAAAGUAAACCAUAGUAGAAGCAUCUAAUAUUAAUUCUUUAGAGAUAGACUAAGCUUCAAUUGAAUAAACAUUGAAUAACAAAAUAUUGAAUACAACAAGAAGAAUAAUGUAAUUUAGUAACAAUAAGAAACCUAAACCUGGUGAUAAAAUUGUUUAUAUUGAUGGAUCAUUCGAUAUUUUGCAUCAAGGUCAUGUUGAUGUUUUAAGGAAAGCCAAAGAAUUGGGAGAUUUCUUGUAUGUUGGAGUUUAUGAUAAUGAGGUAGAUAAAAUAAUUCCUACAUUUCUAGACUAUCAAUAAAAUAAAAGGGAAAAACUAUCCAAUAUUGAAUUUGUAAGAAAGAGUUUUAAAUUUGUUGGCCUUAAAAUAUGUAGAUGAAGUUAUUAUGGGUGUUCCAUAUAAAGUGAAUGAAUAAUUAAUCAAAAAUUUCAAAAUUGAUUUAAUUGUUGAAGGUACUUGCUCUUAAAAAACAAUGGAUGAUCCUUAUGAAUUACCAAUUAAAUUAGGAAUCUAUUAAUAAAUAUAGGCUGUUAAUAAACAAACUGCUGAUGAACUUAUUGAAAGAAUUGUUAGCAAUAGAUUAAGAUUCUUAGAAAAGUAUAAUUCAAGGAAGAAGAAAGAAAUCAAUUUCUUUGAAAAUCAUGAUUACAAAGUGGAAGAAAUAUGA